ACACUAUAAAAUCGAUAGAAACUGCAAAUUCAAACCUAGGAAUUUGUUUACCAGGUGAACCAUUUAUUCCCGAAACAGUCAGCGUUGAAAGCCCCCUUGAUAAUUCAUGUUUAAUUGUCCAACCAGCAAGUUGUAAUAGAACCAACAAUAUACUCGACAACAAAGGUGAAAUUAACAAAGUGAAGUUAAUGGAGCAUAAUAUGAAUAACGACAAAAUCAGUAAAGCUAAGGUCUCGCGAAGUUACUCUCGACGCAAUCAUAAUUCUCCCCCUUACUGUGAGCCAUUGUCGCUAAAAUCGCUUGGAAACUUGCCUCUUAUCGAAAUAUCCAAGCCAUUUAUAACUCAGAAGAAGGAAAUCUUUUUAGAAAACCCAUCAAAUAUAUUGAAUGAUAAUACAACUAGCACCGACACAGUUACUCAGCAUGUGUGCAUUGGCCAAAUACCAGCUGAUAUCUCUGAAUUUAUUGUCUUAGACGGCGACGAAUGCAUGUCUGAGGGUGACAAUACUAAGUGGCGUUAG